UGGUGAGGGCGAAAGAGUGAGACGCUGUGAAUGACUGACCAACACUAAGCCUAUAUGAUUUCAGGUCCCUAUCUUUUUUCCCUCUAUGAGGUUUAGAAGGCUGAUUCUAUUCUUUGUGGAUAUGAAAGUUGUUCAUGAGGAAGCCAGGCUGUGGACCCAUUGCUGCUGAAGAUGACUCAGAACAUGUUCCAAGAAGGGCUGUACCAUGUUUUUUUUAAGGACCGCACCGCGAGCCACCCACUCACUGUAACCACCAAUAAGGAAGAAUUUAAAGAUGUGCGGAUUGGACGCUGGUUUGGGACAGUCGUUAACACCCGCCUCCUUGUCACUGGGGUUUUGCAGGUCUUUGGUGCCCUGGCCUCCAUCCUAACCACAGUAACCUACGCCUGCGUGAGCUUCAACUGUUCCGUCUCCUUGACUACACCAGUUUGGUCCGGCCUGUUUUAUCUGGCCACUGGAGGGCUGGCAAUGGAAGUUCAGAGGAAACCCAACAAACUCAAUGUGACCACACUGAUAGGCCUGAACAUCUUCAGCCUACUGCUGGGGUGCUGUGCUCUGCUGGCCUACAGCCUCAUCACUACACAGGCUAAAGCACUCUACACAGACCAACAGCGUGCGGGUGUGUACAUAGCGAAGGGCAGCUCUAUCAUGUUCACAGUACAGUGUCUGCUGGCCUCUGUCUACACUCUCUUCCUGUCCUGGAGAGGUCUACGACGGUACAGCGGCCCCCACACUCAGACCUAUAACCUUCUAGCACAGGGCCCGGAUGAGGACACUAAUGAGGCUCUAAUGGAAACAGGAGAAUUCAGCCUUUAAACCAGCAGACCUAUGAGUGUGUGUGUGUGUGUGUGUGUGUGUGUGUGUGUGUGUGUGUGUGUGUGUGUGUGUGUGUGUGUGUGUGUGUGUGUGUGUGUGUGUGUGUGCACAUGUGUGUAUGACACACUAUCUUAAGACAUUCAUUUGAUGAGGAUGUCAAAGAAUAUGCAAAAUGAUGUACCAUACUAACAUUGUAUUUUAUUCCUAUGACAUAAAAUAGAACAUCGACAAUCAA